CUCCAGGUGGCGGGGAGGUAGCAGUUCCGGAAUGGUGUAUAAAGGAAGCGGCCUGCCAUGUGGGAUCAGCAGCAAGUUUCAGAACCCGUAUUGAAAGAACGUUUCCAACAUGGCUGAGAAUGACGUGGAGAAUGAGCUGCUCGAUUACGAGGAAGACGAGGAACCGCAGGUAGCCCCUGAGGCCACUCAGGCUCCUGGGAAGAAGGAGGUCAAGGGCUCCUACGUCUCCAUCCACAGCUCCGGGUUCAGGGACUUCCUGCUCAAGCCAGAGCUGCUCCGAGCCAUCGUGGACUGCGGGUUUGAGCAUCCCUCAGAAGUUCAGCACGAGUGUAUCCCGCAGGCCAUCCUGGGCAUGGAUAUCCUGUGCCAGGCCAAGUCUGGAAUGGGAAAGACAGCCGUAUUCGUUCUGGCCACACUGCAGCAGAUCGAGCCAGUCGACGGUCAGGUGUCCGUGCUGGUGAUGUGCCACACCCGUGAGCUGGCGUUUCAGAUCAGCAAGGAGUACGAGCGUUUCUCCAAGUACAUGCCGACGGUGAAGGCUGCCGUGUUCUUCGGGGGACUCUCCAUCAAGAAGGAUGAGGAUGUGCUCAAGAAGAACUGCCCCCACAUUGUGGUGGGGACCCCCGGCAGGAUCCUGGCCCUCAUCCGCAACAAGAGCCUCAUCCUCAAGAACGUCAAGCACUUCAUUCUGGAUGAGUGCGACAAGAUGCUGGAGCAGCUCGACAUGCGCAGAGACGUUCAGGAUAUCUUCAGACUGACUCCUCAUGAGAAGCAGUGCAUGAUGUUCAGUGCCACCCUCAGCAAAGAGAUCCGGCCAGUCUGCCGCAAGUUCAUGCAGGAUCCCAUGGAGGUGUUUGUGGAUGAUGAGACAAAGCUGACACUGCACGGCCUCCAGCAGUACUACUGCAAACUCAAGGACAGCGAGAAGAACCGCAAGCUCUUCGACCUGCUCGAUGUGCUGGAGUUCAACCAGGUUGUGAUCUUUGUGAAGUCUGUGCAGCGCUGUGUUGCUCUCUCACAGCUCCUGGUGGAGCAGAACUUCCCUGCCAUCGCGAUCCACAGAGGCAUGGCUCAGGAGGAACGGCUGUCUCGGUAUCAGCAGUUUAAAGAUUUCCAGAGGCGCAUCCUGGUGGCCACCAAUCUAUUUGGGCGUGGUAUGGACAUCGAGAGAGUGAACAUCGUCUUCAACUACGACAUGCCUGAGGACUCGGACACGUACCUGCACAGGGUUGCCCGAGCGGGUCGGUUCGGCACAAAGGGUCUGGCUGUAACGUUUGUGUCGGACGAGACUGACGCUAAAAUCCUGAACGAUGUGCAGGACCGCUUCGAGGUGAACGUGGCUGAGCUGCCUGAGGAAAUAGACAUCUCCACCUACAUUGAACAGAGUCGAUGAGCUACCUCUCUCACCUGCCUCUUCCUGUCGUAGAGAAAGCUGUUGAUGCUGUUUUUAAAGAGAAUUUUUAAUUAUGAUCCUCUGUCUGGAUACGCUAGUUUGUAUUUUUUUUUUUUUUUAAAUGUGCUCAUUUUGUGAAUGGAAAAAUAAAACAUUUUUACUA